AAAGGUAUCAUCAGUGCGCCUCACUUGGCUGGAGGCGCAGAGGAGCGCAGCGUUCAUUGCGCAGAGUAUGUGGCCGAAACUACACAGACAGUGGAGCUGAAGUUUCUGUCCGAAGUGAUUUGAACAAUUACGACACCCAGAGCUGCUUAUUUCUUGUACUCUCCACCUGCUGGGAGCUAAAUGACAAGUAGGCAGCGACUUGGAACCUUUCAGUGAUACUCGGGGCACGAUGGAGAGCAAAGGACUACUGCGCUGUAAGAUCGUGGUUGUCGGAGAUACGCAGUGUGGCAAGACGGCUCUCCUUCACGUUUUUGCCAAAGACUCGUACCCAGAGAAUUAUGUUCCCACGGUGUUUGAGAACUACACAGCCAGCUUCGAGAUCGAGAAGCAGAGGAUCGAGCUCAACAUGUGGGACACUUCAGGUUCAGCCUACUAUGACAAUGUGCGGCCGUUGGCUUAUCCGGACUCAGACGCUGUUCUCAUCUGCUUCGACAUCAGCCGUCCAGAGACGCUGGACAGUGUGCUGAAGAAGUGGCAAGGUGAGACGCAGGAGUUCUGCCCGAACGCCAAAGUGGUGCUGGUUGGCUGCAAGUUGGACAUGAGGACGGACCUGAAUGUCAUGAGAGAGCUCUCCAAACACAGACUCAUCCCCGUCACCCACGAACAGCGCAAACACAAGCAGACUACUUCUGUGGUGAAAUACGUGGGAGCACUGUGGUCAGAAAAACAACAGGAAACCAAGCACAGGGCACUAACCUGGCGAGGCAGAUCGGUGCCGUGGCCUACGCAGAAUGCACCUCAAAGUAUUCAGAGAACAGCGUCCGUGACGUAUUUCACGUCACCACCCUGUCGUCCGUGUCCAACAUCCACCGACCGCAGCUCAAACGCAGCGGCUCACGUCGCGGCCUCAAGCGGGUCUCCCAGCAGCCCCCUCGGACUGAGAUUCAUGAGCGCCCGCCGCCUAUGAGAAAGGACCGAGCCAAAAGCUGUGUGCUCAUGUAGUGGACCGAAGCCAAAACCAGCGACCUGACCUGUGCGUGCUGAUGGCCGUGGACCAUCCUGCACAAGAACUUAAUUUAUUGGUGAAUUCUUGUCAGAUCUUUGCACUGCAUAAAGGACAAUGUGACGAAAACAAGAACGAAUGCUGUCCUGUGGAGCUCUUUGAGGGACUGCUUGUCCAUUUUUAGCAAAACUCUGCUUGUUUUUCUUUUUGUGGCUGUGUUCUCACCAGGGGAGGCCAUUCUAGACGCGAAAGCUUUUCUUUCUCUUUUAUGCUUUUACUGGAAAAAGAGGAGGAAAAACAGGCUGGUUGCGCAAACGAAACACAGGACAGAAAAAUAGCGAGUUUGGAGAUGAAAGGAAAACAUGAUUUCAAAGAUUGUCUUGCAGGAAGCGGCAGAAACGGUGCUGGUGUUGACCCCUAUUAUGUUGUUUCCUGUUUUGAAAUGCUAUUCUGUCUACAAGUGUUUAAGUAAAUCAAGCACAAUAAGAUGCACGCAAACUGUUCCAAGAAAUCUGUAAAUGUCAGGGAAUGAACUCUGCAGUUCCACUUCAUGUGAUAAAUUGAAUAGAAAAUCUGGACAGACAAAAAAAAAAAUCAACUCGUGGGCUGAGUUACACUAAUUUUCUUAAACCACAAGUGCUUUUAAUAUUCAAAACUAAAUAACCACUCACCACAAAAUACUGAAGUGUUGUGCAGUUUAUUGUUCUAAUAACCGACACUGGGAAGGAAAGUCACGGAGGGAUUUAAGAGGGUGAAUAUUAUGUUGUAUAUGUAAUAAUGAAAUAAAAUAAAACUUGCUCUGCUAAGUGUUAUAUUUGACCGUGACUUGGCCUUGAUGCUGAAUUAUUAUGCUUAGAGAAGUUAAUAAAUGGGAAAUCUUUGAUUCAUUCUA